CCCUCCAGAACAAGCCGAGACAACGACAGCAGUAGAGAAAGGUGACCAAGAUGCAUCAUUGGACUUCCCUCGCCGCGGCGGUGGCGCUGCUGGCCAACGGCGCUGUUGGGCAGAACAUGCUGCGAUUCGCCUGCUCACAACUCGUCGUCGACCGUGUCGAUCCGCUGGUCAACCCGGGCGUCCGCUACACGCCCCAUCUCCAUCAGAUCGUCGGCGGCGACUCGUUCAACCUGACCAUGGAGCCGGUCCAGUACGAUCUCGCCAAGCGGUCCAAGUGCACGUCGUGCAGCUUCGUGCAGGAUAAGUCCAACUACUGGACGGCCGUCAUGUUUUUCAAGCACAAGAACGGCUCCUACCACCGGGUGCCCCAGGUCGGCAACGGCGGGCCCCAGGGCCGGCUCAUCAACGACGGCGGCCUCGAUGUAUACUACAUCCCGAGCGGCCGCGUCACAGCCUUCAAGCCCGGAUUCCGCAUGCUGGCGGGCAACGCGGCCAACACGGACGACAGCAAGGUGGCGCGGGGCAACAUCUGCCACCGCUGCUGGACGUCGACAAACGACAACAACUUCAUCGGCGGGGCACCCUGCACCGGCGACGACACGGUGGGCAUCCCGCAGGACCCCAAGUGUAAGAUGAUCCGGCAGACCAUCAUCUUCCCGACCUGCUGGGACGGCAAGAACCUCGACUCGCCCGACCACAAGUCGCACGUCGCCUACGGCCAGGGCUCCGGAGCCAACGGCGGCGGCACCUGCCCGUCCAGCCACCCGGUCAAGCUGCCCCAGGUCAUGUACGAGCUCAUGUGGAACGUGACUAACUUCGCCGACCGCAACAUGUGGCCCUCGUCGGGCCCGGCUUUCGUCUACAGCAUGAACCUGGGCGGCUCGGCCGCCCACGGCGACUACGUCUUCGGCUGGGAGGGCGACUCAUUGCAGCGCGCCAUGGACAACGGCUGCAACCUGAACCGCGACUGCCCAGCCGCCGGCCUGACUUCCCAGCCGCCCGAGAAGUACAACGCCUGCAAGAUCAAGCAGCAGGCCCCCGAGCCCGUCGAUGGCUGGCUCAAGGCCAUGCCCAUGGGCGAGAUGGCCAUCAAGGCUUAAGGCCUGACUUGAUUCUCGACCUCGGGAGCAGUGAUCGUGAUGAUGGCCAGGAGCUUGAUCCCUUCCCCGGUCCAGUGGUGGUGAAGAAAGGGGGGCACUCAGGCUUGCCAUCCAUUGGAU